AUGUAUGCUAUAAACCAGUUGAUAAGAUGUCCCCAGAUGCUCACAGUCUUAAUCGGCAGAGAAGACUGCUUGUACCUGGACGUGCAUGUACCAGAAAAAGGAAAGAAGAUGCCUGUGAUAGUCUACUUCCAUGGUGGAGCCUUCUGGCAUGGAGGGAAAGACGUUUACCAUCCACUACUCCUAAACUCUAACGGCGUCAUAGUCGUUGCUGUAAAUUAUAGAUUAGGAGUUCUAGGAUUUUUGUGCACCAAUGAUGUGUCAAACAUUGGGUUGAGAGACCAAGUAGCCGCUUUGAAAUGGGUGCAACAGAAUAUAGGAGCAUUCGGUGGUGAUCCUGACAAUGUGACUAUAUGCGGUCAAAGCGCUGGAGGCAGCUUGGCUUCUAUGCAUUUACUUUCUAAAACCAGCAGUGGUCUCUUUCAUAAGGCGAUUCUUAUGAGCGGAACAGCCUUUUCAACUUGGGCGUUUAAUUUAGAAUCAGAUAGAACUACCAAAGAAGAUGCUAAUAAAAUAGCAUCAGCGAUUACAGAAAAUGACAUCUACAAUGUACUCGAAGAAGCUCCUUUAGAGAAACUCAUGAGAGCUACAAUGGGAUCAUCAGCAGAUCCAAGAUACUUCAGAUAUACUCCAUGUAUGGAUGUGAAUAAUACAGAGCCAUUUUUCACUGAUACACCUAGUAAUAUAAUAAAAUCGGGCAACUAUAACAAAGUUCCUGUGAUGAUAGGUUAUACUGAUCUAGAGGGUAUGUUCUUUUACGCCAUUAUAAGAAGUGUAACUAAAGACCUAAAUGAUAAUUUUGUGAAUCAUCUACCAUCAGUAUUUUCGACACCAACAAAGAAGUUCAAACGUAAAAUUGCUGAUAAAAUACGCAAACAUUACUUUGGCAAUAAAACUAUAGAUUAUAAUAAAAGUAAACUAAAUCUUAUAAGAUUUUAUUCUGACUGGAUAGCAUAUGGAGCUACUGAUGCUUAUUCCAAGCUGCUGGCCAAAGCAUCGCACUCACCAGUAUAUAACUAUGUAUUCUCUUACAUCGGUGAUCGGAAUUUUGGGAAAGAUCUUUCUGGAGUGAACCUGAAUAAGUCUACACAUUCAGACGAUGUAUUCUACAUGUUCAAGCCUGCAGGUAUCAACAUAAGGCUCUCGGAUAGAGACGCCAUCUUCGCUUACAAGUACAACACAAUGAUAGAGAAUUUUGUUAAAUAUGGGAAUCCUACACCAAAAAUAACGCGAUAUCAUCCGGUGUCCUGGCCAGCAGCCACCACCAACUCCUCCAAUGUCAUGGUUCUGGACGAGACCUUCGGUGUCCUGGAGAAGGCUCGGCCACAGCAUCGAGGGGGGUUCUUCUUGGAGAUGCUGUGUGAUUAUGGAGAAAGAGGCUAUGUGCCUUGUGAUGAAUAUACAAAGGGAAUAAAAUUAUAG